UCUCAAAGCAGGGAAGUAUGAGCAGCAUUGACCUGGUUGUCAUCUGUCCAGUGUUUGGUCUUUUUAAAAUCGGUAUAUUCUCUACUGUAACCGUCAGUGUAAGCUUGCGUUGGCGUUAUAUCACACUAGAGUUAGCAAGCGUGUUGGUAGCAUUCAUUAUAUUUUCAGUGAUAGCUUAGCUGUGUUACAGUGUCUUACCUAAACAGCUAAAACAGUCAGGUUGUUUCAGCCAAAAGUUUCACACAUCUGUUGUAGCAAAUCCGUCCCUUCCUGGAAAAGUGCAUUUGUUAAACCCUUGUUUGCGUGUGUGUGUGCAGGGGUGAUCUUAUGACUGCAGAGAGACACCAUGUUCCCAGCCAAGCUAGCUUUGAGCACUCUGAAAAGGAUCCACCAUGGAGCUUGUUAUCGAUGUCUUUCUACCUGUUUCGUCCAGAAGGAAGGGAUAAAGGCUGGAGAUGGGCCCCACUCAGACUCCCGUGUGUGGAAGAGAAAGCCUAAGAACCAAUCUGGUCAUCAAUAAGACUUCUUGAAACACAGCAAAACGGGAGAAGACCGUUCAGUUUAUCAGCUGCUACUAUAGUAAAUUCAGCACCAGUACACGUCCAACCGUACCUCCGGCUGAUGAGGCUGGACAAACCUAUAGGGACAUGGCUGCUGUACCUCCCCUGCACAUGGAGCAUUGCUCUGGCUGCUAACCCUGGAUGCUUCCCAGAUCUGGGCAUGCUCACACUGUUUGGUACAGGUGCUCUUCUCAUGAGAGGGGCCGGCUGCACCAUCAAUGACAUGUGGGACAAAGACUUUGACAAAAAAGUGUCCCGCACAGCCUCUCGACCAAUCGCAUCAGGAGAGAUUUCUCAAAUGCAGGCGCUGGUCUUCCUGGGAGGGCAGCUCUCGCUUGCACUUGGGGUUCUUUUGUGUCUCAACUAUUACAGUAUAGCUCUGGGUGCUGCUUCUUUAUCUCUUGUUAUCACCUACCCGCUGAUGGAGAGGUUCACUUACUGGCCACAGUUUGUGUUGGGUAUGUGCUGUGCAAAGUUAUCUUGUAGUGUUCUUUGUCUAAAGUUAAUAUUUUACAGAUUACCAGAGCUAUAGCUGUUCUCUCGUUCUCUCCUCUCACUUUACAACCGCUUCACAAACAACCGCUUUUAUAGAGGUGAUCACACUUGCUUUUGCUUUUUGAUUAACAGCAUGUGACUGCUACUUACCCUCUUAAUACAUAUGGAAGAGGUAGGGGUGUAAUUAGUGUUUUAUAAUUGCAUCUGAAAUGUAGAAAUAGUGUUAUAAUCUAAGCCCAGUUAUAUGUUAUGUUCCUGAAGCCAAAGUCAACAUUCUUUUUACUUUAAUAAUAUAGACUACUGUUCUAGUGAAUUGAGGUUUAAAAUGAUAAAGAGCAGGAUUAUAUUAACAAGUGGAAAAAGACCUAUGUAUGUUUUGGAUAAAAGAUUCAAACCAGACAAAUUUCUAAAUUCUACCGCUAUAACAAUGCAAGUAACAACCAUCUGAGUGUUUAUCCAGUUUACAAAAGUGUAGAUUUUUCUCUGUGUCGGUGUAAUAUUUGGGAAAAGGUUCCUGUGAAUAUGAUGGUCUGCUUUCACUGUUGCUGCCCAGGUGAAAAACCCCACAAAGUGUCCUAAGUGUAAACCAUGCCACCACAGUGAAAAACCAAAGCACAUGAAUAGUGGGAAGUGUUUGUGCCUUGCAUAAACUAGUCUACGCAGCCAUGAAGCUGUCAUGGCGUUCCAGCGACGAGCAAACUGUGACAUGCAUAUUGACGCCUCAGUGGUCCAGAAGUCCCCAUCGGAUAGUCCGCUCCAUUUGGAGAAAUAGUCCCCAGAUGAAUCUUCCCAAAAGCCAAACCCUGCUGCGUUAUUUAGGCAUUCGCUGAUCUUCCAGUGAGAGUAAUACUGUAUUAAAACCAGUCCAAGA